AUUCAGAAACAUCAAUGAGCAUGCAUGUUUUUAUAUGUGGACAGAAGGUACAGUAAAAUUGCUCUGAGCACCUUUCCCUACCCAGUGCUGGGCAUCGCAGUUUUUCAUUCUGCCAUCUGCAUAGGCUUUGGGAAUGAGAUGCGAUCGACCGCUUAGCGCCGUGCAAAAGCCAAGCAAUCUUUUUGCAAAUUUGGCCCUGAAUUUGAAGAGGCCUUGCACAAACUCCACACAGGAAGGCUGGACUUCCAACUCCAAACCUCUCAACUGUGAGGCACAUGUGCCAACCACUAGACGACAAUAAUGCCCACAUUUGAUUAUAAAAUACACAGACGCACAGAUGUCAAUGUCAUGUUAAAAAGUCACAGGCAUCUCCAGUGUAUCCAAAUUCCGUUCAUCUAAUUGUAAAUCUAUAUUUACUGCUUAUUAGUUCGAAUUACACUAAGGAGCUAUCGAGCAGUAGCGCAAUCAUGCAGUACAAAAACCACUUGCUUGAGCUGGGAUGCAGAUAAUAUUCAGCGAAUGACAGCAUUAAAAUGUCAGAGUGAAUUAACACUGAUCCAUUUAUAUCAAAUGAGUGAGCCGGUUGUAGAAAUACACCAAUUUAUUUGGUCAAAUCAAAUUCGGGUUACUUGUUGGAAUAUGCUAUCUGCCCCGGUGUGUAACUGACUCAGACUUGGGCAACCAGAAAGUCAGAAGUGAUUGAUUUCUGCAUGUUACCCCUCCCCAUGCCCUUCCUUUACCCUCCAUGCACUCUAUCCUGUUUCCUUCCAUCUCUCUCUCUCUCAGCCUCUCCCUUUCAUCGCCGCUGCAUUGCUUGAAUUUCUGACCUCCUGCUCGAAAUAUGCACGCUUUGGUGCCCAGUUCCAGACAUUAUCUGUCACCCGUCAGGGAUGAAGACGCAGAGUCUCAGAGGAGGGCCAAAUCUCGUCAUGCCAGACAGACCCGCAGGUCAACGCAGGGUGUAACUCUGACGGACUUGAAAGCGGCUCAGAACAUCAACAAAAGCUCAGAGGAGUUUCUACUUGAUGGGAAAGUGGAGGAUGGAGCAAAAGAAACCAAAAUCAGUCCAAGAUGGAGCAACAGAGAUGAGUGGGGGAACAUCGGACCCAAGUUACAAAGUGUUGCUGAGUUCACAGAAGCCUGCUGCUGGCCUGCGUCCACCAUUGCAGGGAUAAACUCCGUCAGAGUGGGUGGAAGAAGGUGGAGAGAUGAAAAUCAGAACCCUCUUGAAGACGAACAUCUUACAUGUGCAAGACAGAGGAGCAGAAGUCAUGGAUUGGAUGGAUCUGAUAAAUCAGACGGCACCGUCACAGAGGUACGGUGAUCAAUUGAAAAAGUCACGCACCGUCAUUUGCAUUGACCCGAUAGUAUAAAUCAUUUCAAUUUAUAUAUUACCCAAAAUAAAUCGGGUGCCUGCUUCGACGAAGUGUAAUAAUCCCCGAGAAGAGCUUUGAC